CGUUAUUAAAUGACCAUUUACAUGUUGAUGUGUACCUUUUGGUGACAACAAAACUAGCUUGGGCUCUAAAGUCAUAAAAAGUUUUUUCACCUAUAUAAACCCCUUCAAUCCCUUAGCUUUACAUCCACCCAUCAUCCUCCAAUAUAAUCUAUUAGUUGCUCACUUAGAGAUGGCAUCAACCAAAAAUGCUUCAUUAGCUCUCUUUCUAGCACUCAAUCUUCUCUUUUUUGCCACGGUGAGUGCGUCUAGUAAUUGCGGUUGCCCUACCCCCAAACCAAAGCCACCACCAACGCCUAAACCAACACCACCAACACCUAAGCCAACACCAACACCUAAGCCAACACCAACACCUAAACCUACACCGCCAACGCCUAAACCAACACCAACGCCUAAACCAACGCCAACACCGACACCAUCUAAGCCUACUUGCCCUAAAGACAUUUUGAAACUUGCAGUGUGUGCCGAUCUUCUUGGAGGGUUGGUUGGUGUUGUAGUGGGUUCUUCAUCUAGUAAGCCAUGUUGCACCCUCAUCCAAGGCCUUGCUGAUCUUGACGCCGCCGUUUGCCUUUGCACUGCAAUCAAAGCUAAUGUUUUGGGAAUCAACCUUAAUGUGCCUAUUGCUCUUAGCCUGCUUUUAAAUACUUGUGACAAGAAAGUCCCAAGUGGUUUCAAAUGUUCAUAAGCUAGCGGAUGAUAUGAUCGCUAUAUAUAUGCGAUUUCUUUUAUAGCUAUAUGUGUUAUCAAACUUUCCCUUUUUCUGUCACCUAAGAAAGAGCUUACCUCUCCAUGCUUGCUUCUAGCAUUAAUUAUAUUUUGCAUCAAAGUGAAUAAAAUCCUAUGUUAUAGUUGUGUUUUUUAAA